UGGAGUGGAAAUGAGAAUCCACAUUAAUUUAUUAUUCGUCGACGGACCAACGGCGGGUAUUCAUGGACACUAUGUGUGGAUUAAAAAUAUUUCAUCUCUACUUGCCAAACAACUGGGUAAACAGCGAGUUAAGCGUUGGUUCUGUAAUCAAUGCUUACAAUACUCAACGAGUGAGGAGAGGGCAGCUCAACAUACAUUGAGAUGCAGUCGGGUGGUUACCGAGGGACCAAGGAAGGAUCAGAAGAUUACAUUUAAGAACCAUCACCGUCAGUUGGAGGUUCCGUUCGUCGUGUAUGCAGACUUUGAAUGCAUAUUGGAACCAGUAACAUUAGAUGUAAGUGCAAACACCAAAAUUAUUAAUAAGCAUCUUAGCGUCCGAUUUAUUUUGCUGCUCGAUCAAGACUGA